AUGAUGACGACGUGCCGUCUGCUGUGCGCCCUGUUGGUGCUUGUCCUGUGCUGCUGCCUUUCCGUGUGCGCAUCAGACACGCAGUCGACUGAAGUUGUAACUGGUAGAAGCGGCGGCAGCCCACCGUCCGCUCCACCGUCACUUGCAUCAGGGAGAUCACAUGAGGGGGCCGGUCCGUCAGGGCCGCCACGUCCGGAAUCCGGUGCGGUACCGGAAAAGGUUGACAGAGAAGGAACACCUUUGGAUGGUAAGUUAACGCUAUCAAAUGAAGCAACCAUUACCGUAGAGACAGCAGAUAGGAACGGUGCGACAGCGCCUGGGAGUGCACACACAAGUCUCUCAGCAGACCAAACAGACAAUCAGCCGACUGAAGCUUCUGCCGAGACGACCACGACCACUACAAAGGCACCAACCACGACGACCACCACCACGACCAAGGCGCCAGAGGCAACACGUACGACCACUACAACCACGACUACAGAGGCGCCAACCACGACGACCACAGAGGUGCCAACUACUACGACCACCCGCGCACCGUCACGUCUUCGCGAAAUCGACGGCAGCCUCAGCAGCUCUGCGUGGGUGUGUGCCCCGCUGCUGCUCGCCGUAUCCGCGCUGGCGUACACCACUCUGGGCUGA